AUUGAAAAACAAAGAAGCGAACUGUAUUCAGGAGGUUAUAAAACCAAUGUUUCAAAGACAGGGAGACGUGGUAGACCAAAGUACAACGUAAAUGCUGAACACAUCUUGUUUUUACUCGAGCAGGGUUUUAAAGUAGCAGAAAUAAGUGGAAUUUUAGGAGUCAGUUUGAGAACAGUCGAAAGAAGAAUGUCGGAAUUCGGUUUGAGAGUUUCAGGAACAUUCAGUAAAUUAAGUGAUGAACAACUGGACAGUAUAGUCAUGCAAGCCCAAAGGGAUAAUCCCAAUAUUGGCAUUAGAAUGCUUAAAGGGCAUCUCCAAAGCCUUGGUCAUCGCAUCCAGAGAGCUAGGAUAUGUUCAUCACUUCGGAGAACCGAUCCUACCAGAGUAAUGCAGAGAUGGCAAAAAACUAUCAAAAGACGCCAAUAUAGAGUAAGAGCCCCUCUUUCUUUGUGGCAUAUAGAUGGGAACCACAAAUUGAUUAGGUGGAGAAUAGUAAUACAUGGGGGAAUAGAUGGAUUUUCCAGAAUUCCUGUUUACUUGCAUGCUUCAAACAACAAUAAAGCGGACACUGUUCUUAUGCUUUUCGAGGAAGCAGUAAGUCACUAUGGUCUACCAUCCAGAGUACGAUCAGACAAAGGUGGAGAAAACGUAGAUGUUGCAUCGUACAUGCUGUCACAUCCUCGACGUGGUCCAGGCAGAGGAAGCAUGAUAACAGGAAAAAGCACCCACAAUCAACGCAUAGAGAGACUGUGGCGGGAUCUCUUUCAAGGCUGCCUUCGCAUCUUCUACGAACUUUUCUAUGAUAUGGAAAGUAGUGGCGUUCUUUUGCCCGGGGACGAAAUCCAUCUCUGGUGCCUUCAUUAUGUGUUUCUACCGAUAAUCAAUCGCCAUYUGAGAAAAUGGAAAGACACAUGGGUCUAUCAUCCUCUCCGAACAGAACAAGGCAAAACCCCUAUGCAGUUGUGGAUAAGAGGCCUUCAGUAUACUUGGGGAACACAGACUACAGAAAGUGAAGAGGCAUUUCAGCCGAGCGACUAUGACAACUAUGGUGUUGACUGGAGCGGACCAGUUUCCACACCAGAACCUGAAAGUGUUGAAGUGCCCGACACUACCUGUCCUUUAUUGGAAAACGAAAAACAUCUGUUAACAGAUGUUUCAAACUUGACCAUAACAGAAGCAAUUGAAGCCUUUUGCACCAAUGUUAGCACAAUUUCACACAUAAUCAAUCACCGCAAUUAAUUUUUCAUGGCUCCACACGAUGUGGACUGAACUGAAACAAACUGACUUAGAAGCCAUAUUUAGAAAACGCAUAUAGAUAGUGAAGUUGUCUCUAAAGUCUCUUGGAAGAGUUUGGAGAAUAUUACUUGUAUUAAUGAUGUCAUUAUUUUCCUUGGCGUAUAUUUCAUUUCAACGCCUUGACACUGAAGUACUUCAGUUAUCUAAUUAAUGCUAAUUAAAAGAAAAACCUUUUGCACCGUAUUUUAGUGCAGUGUUGAAGUAGCGUUUAAACUCGGUGAACUCUACGUACUUAGUUGGCACUGUAAGAGCCAUGAAACACGUUUCUGCCAUUGGUAAUGUGCAGCUUCCGUCGAACUUCACCAUUAUAACACUAGGUUUCGUGGGCACUCUUGGGCCCCCUGUCCAGAAGCAACACAGGUCAACAAGUUUGGGUUGGCCUGAAAAUAAAGUUUGCAUAAGGUGUGA